AUGGAAAUGUUGCUAGGGUUGAAAUUUCAUGAAAAAUUUGUGAACUGGGUGAUGUUAUGUGUGACUACUCCCAGUUAUUCUUUGAGUAUAAAUGGGCAAUUAUAUGGUUUCUUUCAAGGGAAGAGAGGGGUGAGGCAAGGAGACCCUAUUUCCCCUAUGCUUUUUGUCAUUGCUAUGGAGUAUUUUUCAAGGCUAAUGAAGAAAAUGCAGAAGAAAACUCAAUUUGAAUUCCACUAUAGAUGCUCUGAAUUGAAGUUGUCACACCUGAUUUUUGUUGAUGAUCUGAUGCUGUUUUGCAAAGGGGUGCCUCAGUCUGCAAUCAUGAUAAAAAGAGUGUUAAAAAUAUUCUCAGUUACCUCAGGCUUAUGUGCUAGUGCUGAAAAAACAGCUGUAUAUUUUGGGAAUGUGAAAGAGGAGAUUCAGAUGAGAAUUUUACAAGUUACUGGAUUUCAGAAAGGGCAAUUCCCCUUUAGAUACUUAGGGGUGCCUAUUACUUCAAAAAGAAUCUCCAAAGCAGAUUGUGAAGUGUUAGUGGACACAAUUCUGAAGAGACUAAUAUGCAUGAGCUCCAGACAUCUCUCAUAUGCAGGGAGAGUGACAUUGAUUAAUGCAGUCUUAAUAAAUUUACACACUUACUGGGCUGAAGUGUUUUUGUUGCCUAAAAGUGUCUUGGAAGCUAUAACAAGAAUCUGUAGAACCUAUCUAUGGGAAGGGAAAGUGUAUACCUCUAAACCCCCUCCAAUAGCAUGGCAGGAGGUGUGUUAUGCAAAAAAUAGGGGAGGCUUAGGGAUUAGAGAAUGCAUAAGCUGGAAUGUUGCUGCUAUUGGGAAAUAUGUAUGGCAAAUAACAGAAAAAGCUGAUUUAUUAUGGAUCAAAUGGAUCCAUUCAGUUUAUAUUAAGGAGUCAUCAUGA